GUAAUGUUGCCGUCAUAACGAUGUAAUAAUUUGUCGUCGGAAGCACGCUUGCGCGCUAAGCUCGCCUCAGUCGCCUGUGCUGAUGCAAGACAGUGGAUAAGAACAGUAGUGUCAACCGUGUCUACGAGAUUUAACACGACGAGAAACAGCAAUAUUUGAUUCAGUCAUCAUGUCAGAAGACGAGAUUUUAUUCGACCCCACCACAACAAAGAAGAAGAAGAAGAAGAAGAAGCCCUUCAUGCUCGACGAGGAUGGAGAUGGAGAGGAGGCUCAGCAGACUGAACAGAACGAAGCUGAGCCUGAAGCAGCAGAGGAGCGAGAACUGGACCCUGAAGAUGAUGAAGUCAAGAAAAAGGAGCCUUCGGAUGAUUUAGAUGAUCUGAACUUCUUUAACCAGAAAAAGAAGAAAAAGAAACCGAAGAAGGUGUUUGAAAAUGACAUUGAGGAGGGCAUGAAGGAGCUGAAAAUUGAGGGAGACCAGCAGGAAAUGAUGGAGGACGAUGAAUUUGAUAUGAUGCUUCCAACUAAAAAAAAGAAGUCAAAAAAAGUGGAGUUUUUUGAGGAAAGUGAUACUGUGGAAAAGGAUGAUGUCAUUGAGGAUGAUAAAAGCACAGAUGGCGUUACAUUCAGUUCACAGUCGGGCCCAGCAUGGGUUGGUUCAGAGAGAGAUUACACCUACGAUGAGUUGUUGAGCCGGGUGUUUAACAUCAUGAGGGAGAAGAACCCUGAUAUGGUGGCAGGGGAGAAGAGGAAGUUUGUGAUGAAGCCACCUCAGGUGGUCCGAGUUGGGACCAAGAAAACAUCUUUUGUCAACUUCACUGACAUCUGUAAACUGUUGCAUCGACAGCCCAAACAUCUUUUGGCAUUCCUGCCUAGUGGAUCCAUAGAUGGAAAUAACCAGCUUGUAAUUAAGGGACGCUUUCAACAGAAACAAAUAGAAAACGUCUUGAGAAGAUAUAUAAAGGAAUAUGUGACUUGUCACACCUGCCGCUCACCGGAUACAAUUCUGCAGAAGGACACGCGUCUCUACUUCCUGCAGUGUGAAACCUGUCACUCACGCUGCUCUGUAGCCAGCAUCAAGACCGGCUUCCAGGCUGUCACCGGCAAAAGAGCCCAGCUUCGAGCCAAAGCCAAUUAAUACAAGCACCCUGUUCUGGCCUCUUCCUCAGACUGAUGCUCUGCCCCUCUGGCUGACGACUGUCCUCGCUGCUCUCCUCUGAAGUGCAGUGACCCAAGGCUUGGAGUGAACUCUGGAGGGUUUUGAGUGUAAUCUCUAUUAAUAAAUCUGACUGAAGCUAGAAGGCUUGCGAACAGG